AUGUCCGACUACAGCCGCCCCGACAGCGGAACAGGCUGUUGCAGGUGUUGUUUCAGCUUCAUACUAACCUUAGGUCUCACUUCACUCUUCCUGUGGCUAAGCUUACGCACUUCAAAUCCAGUUUGCUCCAUCCAAGACGUUUACAUUCCCGCCCUCAAUAAAACCCGAAAUUCAACCUCCUAUCAAUCCAUCUACCUCGAUCUGAAGCUCGACAACGAGAACAAAGACAAAGGGUUUUAUCAAGGACAUCAGAAAAAAGCACGCCGGAAAAACUGGACGGACACGCAAGGAGUGCCGUGGGAUGCAGCCGUGAACAUCACUGGUGGAAGACCGCCGGUAUUCAGGGUGGAUUUGGCGACGGCGGUUAGGUUUAAGAUAUUAUUUUGGAAAACAAAGAGACAUAAACUCAUACUCGGGGCUGAUUUUGAAGUUAGUGACAGGGGUCAGAAACUGCAAAAGAAAGGUACACGGUUAAAAUCCGGUGCACCACCGGAGUUGUUUUCCGGUAAUUCUCGUAUAGCUUUCUCAUUGGUUGUAUUUUGUACAUUAGUAUUGGUGUUCAUUUGA